AUGGCAGGUAAUAUUGCAAAUAGAUUUACAGCCUAUGAGUUCGUGCUCAUGAAGAUCCUUCCAAGAACAAGCUCAAUGCUCUCGUUUCUAGGAUGCCUCUUUAUUAUCACUACCUUUAGUUGCUACAAAUCAUUCCGCUUAAACCCCAUUAACAGAAUAGUAUUCAAUGCUUCCUUUGGAAAUGCAAUAGGAAGCAUCUGCCUUGGAAUAGGCAACAUAUUUAUCCACACACCGAACGUUGUUAAAUGUCAGCUACAGGCGUGUAUGAUUCAAACAAUGUUCACCGCCGACAUCCUCUGGGCCCUAGCAAUGGCUAUCAAUGUCUAUCUUGUUCUUUAUCAUGGAUUUGAAUCUUCUAGAUUAAGAAAGAUAGAGCGUUUCUACAUUGGUCUCUGCUAUGGAAUUCCCUUUGUGCCUUCAUUUACGCUCCUUUUUAUUAGAAGCGGUGGCCAGCGAAUCUACGGAAACACUUUUCUAUGGUGCGGACUGGUCCCAAAAAAGUCUUGGAUAACUUUCGCUGCUGUCUUUGGACCUGCCUGGGUCGCUAUUGCAUGUACUCUAGGAAUAUACAUUCGAGCUGGCCGUACUAUAUACAAAACACACCAAGAAGUACGCAAGGUUCGGAGAUCCAUCUCUAGACUUGCAUCGCUAGAUCAACCCGAGACUGUUCUUUACAAGGACCCCGUCACGUUCAGUGCAAUGGGCCAGGUCGAGAUAUACCAGCUAAGAGGCGUCAACCAUCACACCUCAGCAGAGGCAAUUAGGGCCAUGGAUACUUCAGAGUUGAAAUCGUCUAUCCAGGUACAGCACAUUGUUCUGCCGCCACAGACAGGCACCGCGGCGUCGCGCCAAUCGAUGCUACACCCUUCGCAAAUCCUCAAGAACGACCCGAAUAAUGCAAUAUGGAGGUACACAAAGGCCGCCUUUCUUUUCUUCACCGUUAUUCUCAUCACAUGGAUUCCCCUAAGUGCGCACCGAGCAUACUCGACCAUCCACGUUGGAGUGGUACAUGUCCCGCUCCAGCUGGCUAUUGGCUUCUUGGGGCCGCUGCAGGGAUUUUGGAAUACCAUUAUAUACAUAGCGAUAUAA